GAAAUCUUGGAUGAGGGUCUCAUGUUCUCUGAUUUGCUGCACAUGGAGGAGAAUCAGCUGACAUCCUACCUGAGGCGUUUGGAUUGUUCUGAGCAGGAGGUGAAAACUUUGCUCACUGCCUUCAAGAAUCUCAAAGUCUGUACAGAAAAACAAAUGGAAGGACAGUCAACAGCAGAUCACGACUGGCACUUUACGGACCUGGCAUGCCUGCAGGCUGCCGCUGUUGCAGCAACAGCAGCAUCACGUUCCACCACCAGCAGCCCGGCUGCAGGCAACUCUCCGAAACAUCAGCAGCGAACCACCACCUCUAUUUCAUCCGGUAUGUCCGUCUCCUCUUUUGACCCCUACUCUACAAUAAGGUCAGAAUCCAGUUUGGAGUGGGCAGGAAGAGGCAAACCCCAGCCACUGAUGUCUAAAAGCAUAACUGAUAUGCCUCCUCCGAGAAGCACCCCAUCGUCUCCCACGCCCUCCCAGCACACAUAUACUGGUUCCCCACCUUCAAGUCGUUCCAAGUCCGUGAGCAGUCCUGCUGUGAAGUAUCCCAUCACUCCUCCACCUUCGAAAAAUACCAAGCUGUUUCCAGAGCCACAAAUCACCAAAAGCAAGAGUCAUGAGUCUCAGCUUGCUAACAAAGUGGUGGACAUCGAUCCUGUCAAGAACAAUAAGAAGUAUAAGCCUAGCAAUAUCAAUGUUCGAAGUGGCAGUCACGAGGCUUUGUUUCGGCGGCGCCUGUCAACAGAUGGCUCUGAAAGUGGAAGCCGGGUGCCCUCAGGUCAUACUUCACCUGUCAUGUCCUCCCCGAUUCGCUCCCCGCCUUACAAGCAUGACCCGAAUGCCGUGCAGACUGAUGACCACUCCAAGUACUCCAACACACUAACAGUUCCUAAGUCUCCUAAAACCCCCUUGAAGAUUCAUCAUCAGAUAAGCCAUAGGUUUGUGAACACAUUUAAGAUCACCACUUGCGACUGCUGCCAUAAACAGAUGAUUCUUGGCUACAAAUGCAAAGACUGCAAAAAAAAAUUCCACAAGGAUUGCGCUCAGAGGGCACCUCCUACCUGCGGUCUUUCAGAUGCUACAGUUGACGCCUUGAUCGACUGGCAGA